GUGGACCACAAGCCACUUCCGGUGGUCUCUAGCCAAUAACAAAUUACAGUAUCGGUGACAGCUGAUGUUUAUAUUUUUUUGUAUCGUGAACAGCAGUACCUCCCAUCUGAACAUUUCAGGCUUUUUGUCCAGACACGAGUUGUAUUAUUUUGGCAGGUAGCCGGAUGUUGUCUUUGUGUGCCAGUGAGUGAAACACAUAGCCACUUCCGGCGGUUUUUGAGCCAACUGCUACGUAAAACUCGCCAGAAACAACUAACCAAAACGUUCAUCUUUUGCGUUGUGGACGUCAUCGUCCUCUUGUGAAGACUGAAAACUUUUCAGGGACUCUUGCAGUAUUCUGUCAGAAUGGAGGCUGUGUCUCGCUGAGAGGGAGAAGAGGAAGAUGGAGAGCGUCCACGGUCUCCUGCUGGACGAGGACGCCUGCAGUCGGCUUAACGAACACCAGCGGGCAGCAUUCGUCUUUGAAUGGCUCACUCAUCUGAAGAAGCUCCUCCCCUCCAUCGACAGGACUGUCAUCCGGCAGAACCAGCACCACCUAGUGGAGCAGCUGUCAGGGGUUCUGGUAGGCUCUCCCGGCCCGCCCGUUCGUGAAUUGCUGGCUCGCUGCCUAGCGCUGCUCUUUAGCUUAGGAGAUCCUGUCCCUUCCAGCCUUGUGGUAGAGCGGUGCAAUGACAUGGUCCGCUUUAAGGACGACUCGCCAUCAGGCCUCCCUAACCGACUGGCGGCGGUGGCGUGUAUUGGCGCCAUGUUCGAGCAGCUGGGCCGGAUGCUGGCUGGUCUCUUCAAGGAGACAGUGGCUCACCUGCUGAAAGCCAUGAAGAAUGCUGAGUCUCAGGGCCGUUACGAGAUCAUGACGAGCCUGGAGAGGAUGCUUCGAGGUUUAGGGGUCUUGGCUGUACCAGGUCAUCGGGAUGUCUACAAGGCAGCCAGGACCUGUCUGACGGACCGCUCCAUGGCGGUACGCUGUGCAGCCGCCAAGUGUUUGCUGGAGCUGCAGCGGGAGGCGGUAUGGAUGUGGACCAGCGAUCUGGACAACGUGACCACACUGUGCUUCAGGGCCCUGGAGGGGUCCAACCAGGACGUGCGCGUGGCCGUCGCUAAACUGCUGGGAACCCUACUGGCGGCGCCGUUGGAGCCCAGAGCCGACAGCGCUGCUCCCAGGCAGGGUGGGCGAGGCCACAGUAACCUGGAGGAGGUGAUGGACCUGUUGUCGGGUGGCUUUGUGAGGGGCGGAGCCAGCUUCCUGCGGGUCAGCGGGGACAUGUUGAAGGGAACCACCUCCGUCAGAAAGGAAGUGCGCGUGGGCGUCACCCAGGCAUGUGUGGUGUUGGUGUCCACCCUCGGCGGGGCCUGGCUGGAGGCCAACCUCUCCCACUUCUUGUCCCUGCUCCUGGGGCUGCUGUCCAAUGUCAAGGCCACGCCCACGGCCAGCGACGCCGCGGCGUUGCGCCGCUGCAUCUCCUUCAUCCUGAGGAGCACUGUGGGCUCCCUGCUGGGCGAGAAGGCUCAGAGCAACGUCGCCGCUCACCUAUGCUCCAUCGUGUCGGCGCAGAAACCGGCUUUUGAAGACGCCACGUGGACCGAUGGAAAGAUGGAGGGCAAAGUUGCUUCCGACAUCACUUCCUGUCAACACGUGUUGGUCUGCUGCCUUCUGGAAUUGGGAGCUCUGAUCCAAGGACUGGGCUCCACCGUGGCCCCCCUGUUGAGUGACAGCAGUACAGGCGUCCUGGACUCGGUGGUCCCCGUCCUCCUUCACCCCGUUUCCUCAGCUCGUCUGGCCGCCGCCUGGUGCCUACGCUGUGUUACCAUGGCAAUGCCGUCCCUGUGCGCCCCGGUGCUGGAUCGCUGCGCAGAGCGGCUGGCGGCGUUGAAGUCUUCUCCCGAGGCCUUGGCCGGCUACGGAGCUGCCGUCGCCGCCCUGGUGGCUGCCGUGCAGCACUGCCCCUUGGGAAUACCACACGCCAAGGGCAAGAUGGUCUUGGAUCUUGCUGAGGAUUUGCUGCGCUCGGCCUCUCAGAAUAGUCGCAUCUCCCUGCAGAGGACGCAGGCUGGCUGGCUGCUUAUCUCCGCUCUCUUCACUCUAGGUGCGACUGUUGUGGAGCAACAUCUGCCACGCCUCCUCCUCCUCUGGCGCUGUGUGUUUCCCGCCUCUCUCAGAGAGCAGGAGAUGGAGCUGAGGCGAGGGGACUACUUCACGUGGAAAGUUACCCUGGAGGGCCGUGCCGGGGCGCUCUAUUCGAUGAGGAUGCUGUUGCUGCACUGCAAGGAUCUGGCCAGCGAUGAUGUCAUCAAGCGUCUCCACACGCCCGUCUUGUGUGCCGUGGGCCUCCUCCCCAAACUUCCUGCUCUCACAGGGUCCUACGGCGCCUGUGUCGGGGUCUGGACGCUGACUUACCGCCUGCGAGUGUACGAGCUGCUCGCUGUGCUGCCGCCGCACACCUACCAAGAGAGUUUUGGUUUGCUGAUGAACCAGCUGGUGUGGAACCUUCUGGCCCAGGAGAACCUCAGCCAGCCCUGCUCAGAGCUCGCCUUUCUACUGCGCUUCUGUCACCAUGACGACGCGCUGCUGCUGGGCCCCGCCCCCCUUGAUGGCCAGCACACACAUAUUGAGGAGCAGGUGUAUGUGUCCACCGGCUCGCUGGACAAUGACCCUUUUGCCGUGUGUGAGAGGGGCCACCAAGCGCCCUCGCCGCUCCCUCCCGCCGCUGCCCUGACCGGUGCCGCUGCACACCUCUUUGGACUGGUCUUCCCUCACAUCAUCUCCGCUCAGAAAGCCAAGAUCCUGGAACACUUUCUGGAGACCUUUAAGCAGCUGAAAGGCCAACGGCAGAAGACGGUCCAGACCCACGUCUGUGCUGCCCUCUGUAGUGUGCUUAGGCACCCGCCCAGCAGCCACAGCCUUCUGGGCCCGGAGGAGGCUCGCCUGCCCGUAGUGUCCCUCCUGAUGGGGGCGCUGGACAGCCCCAGUCCUCUUCUACGGUGUGUGGCGGCCGAGGGGCUGGCCCGUCUCGUGCAUGUGGUCGGAGAUGCCGGCUUCACAGUCUCCGUCUCACUGCUCUGCUUGGACAGGCUGAAGACGGCUCGAGAUGGCGCGUCCCGCAGUGGCUGCGCUCUGGCUCUAGGGGCCCUGCAUCGCUACGUGGGUGGCAUCAGCUCACCCCAACAUCUGUCUACGUGUUUGGGAGUGCUCUUCACUCUGAGUCAGGACGGCACGUCGCCUGAGGUUCAGACCUGGUCCCUACACAGUCUGGCCCUGGUGGUGGACCUGUCGUGUGGCCUGUACCACGCCCACGCCGACCCGACAUUUGCGCUGGUGCUGCGCCUCUUGCUCUUGGCUCCGCCCACCCACCCCGAGGUUCAUGGCAGCCUGGGUCGCUGCUUGCACGCCCUCAUCACGUGCCUGGGCCCCGACCUGCAAGGGGAGGGGCCCGCCGUGACGGCGUUACGCUCCAGUUGCAUGCUGGGCUGUAGCGCCAUGCAGGCCACGCCCCACUGCCUGGUUCAAGCCUCCGCAAUCUCCUGCCUGCAGCAGCUGCAUAUGUUCUGCCCGCAAUAUCUUCACCUGGUCGGCCUGGUCCCUGUACUCUGUGAGCUCUUGCUGGAAUACUCUGUGUUGGCCAACCUGUGCAGCUCCCGUGUGAGUCUGCGGCGGGCGGUGGUGUCCUGUCUGAGGCAGCUGGUCCAGCGAGAGGCGCUGCAGGUGUGUGAGCUGGCUGUGACGCAGGUGAAAGAACAGCAGAGACCAAGCAACACACACCUGGACGUGACCAUCAAGGAGGUGGGCCUGGAAGGGGCGCUCGUCUCUCUGCUGGACCAGGAGUCGGAUCCAGGGCUCCAGAGGGACAUUAGGGAGACUCUGGUCCACAUGAUGACAUCCAGUGCCACCAGCGGCCGGCUGGCACACUGGCUCAAGCUCUGCAAGGACGUCCUGUCGGCAUCAAACAACUCGUGCACUCUUGCAGACCGGGGCACUCUGUCUGGGGCAGGCGGAGACGAGGAGGAGGUGGACCCCGUCCAGGACGACGACUCGUCCGUCUUCAGCGCCCGACCGGAGUCUGCCGGCCCUUUCAAAGCGCUGCGCUGGUCCACGCGCCGCUUUGCCAUGGAGUGUGUGUGUCGUAUCAUGGUGCAGUGCCAGGAGGACGAUCCCGCCCACUUUGACUUGGCACUGGCUCAGGAACGCCGCGCCAACGCAUCCACGGACUUCCUGGUCCUUCACCUGGGAGACCUGGUCCGCAUGGCGUUCAUGGCGGCGACGGACCACAGUGACCAGCUGCGACUGGCAGGCCUGCACGCCCUGCUGGUCAUCAUCCAACAGUUCUCGGCCAUCCCGGAACCCGAGUUCCCCGGUCACGUGAUCCUAGAGCAGUACCAGGCCAACGUGGGAGCUGCUCUCAGACCAGCCUUCGGUCCUGACGCGCCUCCUGAUGUCACAGCCAAGGCCUGUCAGGUCUGCAGCACCUGGAUAGCAAGCGGCGUAGUCAGUGAGCACCGUGACCUCAGGCGCGUCCAUCAGCUCCUGGCCAGCUCCUUGGCCAAGGUCCAGACAGGCAGCGACCUGUGCAGUCAGGUGUACAACGAGGCCACCGUUACCAUGGAAACCCUGGCUGUCCUCAAGGCCUGGGCACAGGUCUACAUUGUGGCCGUCCGCAGGAGUGGACAGGAGACAGGUCCGGGUAGGACCAAUUCCGGAGGGCCAAGCCUGCUGGCACUGGUCCAAGCCGACUUGGCCAAGUUGAGCCGCCUGUGGUUGGCGGCGCUGCAGGACUGCAGUGCCUUGAUGCUCCCGCGGGAAUACGUGUCUGAUACAGCAGAAGGUUCCUUCUACUCUUCACAAACAGCCAACCAGACCAGGACUCACUUCUCUUCCUCGUGGGCUCCCAUCUUGCACGCCACCUCACUCUGGCUCCAAAGCAUAGGUUUCGUGAUUUCUGACGACGGCCCCGCUAACCUGUCCAGACCUGUCACGCCCACCUCCAUGGGCCACAGCGGCUCGUUGGGCAGGGCCAAGAGUGCGGAGGACAUCAACAUGGAGCGCCUGCACCUCAUCCUGGGUCUCAGCGUGCACUUCCUGUGUUCUCCUCACUCCGAGGAGCAGACGGAGAACAUUGCUUCCUGUUUGCAAGGGCUGCAGACGCUGCUGGACGUGCCCUGGACUCGAGCCACGGUGGCCAGAGACCAGGUUCUGAGCGUGGAGCUGCUCUGCGUGCUCCAUAGGCUGAUGGUCACCAGAGAGUCGGUGGCCAUCCAGGCUUCCAUGUUGGACUUGCUGAGUCAGAUCGUGACGUCCACUCAGGAGCACGUCCGAGAAAAGCGACACAGUGCAGAAGUGGAUGACGGCGCCUCCGAGAAGGAGACUGUGCCAGAGUUUGGGGAGGGGAGGGACACGGGCGGUCUGAUACCCGGACGCUCGCUGGUCUUUGGAGCGUUGGAGAUCUGCCUCUGCGUGCUGGUCCGCAAGCUCCCGAGACUCAGUCCCAAACUGUCGGGAAGUCGACAGACAGAUGCUGCCGGUACCCCGUGGAGUCUGGAUGACGGUGAUUGUCACCUGCUGGCGUCUGCCGUGUGUGUCCUGUCUCAGCUGCCGUCCAUCUGCUCGCCAGAAGGAAGUGUGUCCAUCCUGCCGACCGUCCUCUACCUGCUGUUGGGAGUCCUGCGGGAGUUAGCGCUCCCACCCGCUGGCACGCGCUCCGCAGUCCACCGUACAGAGGCACACUUGUGCCCUUUGCCUGAGAGCCUGGAGGUGGGCUCAAGGAGCGGACCCUGGGAAGUGGUCCGGGCGCUUCUGCAAGCACUGAAGACAGUGUUGACGUCUUCUAUGAGUCGCCAGGAGAAGAGCGGCGGGGCUUGGAAAGUGAUGCUGCGCUCAGCUCUUGGCACACUCCUAGACCUGUGGACCACUGGGUCUAGCGGUGUGGAUGGUGUCAUCCUGCUCACAUUUCUGACUGUCUUCCUGCUAUCAGCUGGUCCAAGUAUUUGUGUGGUGCAGCCCCUGCACGCGCUCACUCUGCAACGCUUCUCCAGUAGCAUGGACGCCAAGAACCCGCGGGAGGCCACUCGAUGUUUCCAGCUGCUGGCGUCACUGUUCGGGGCCCCACAGGAGCAGAGUGUCCCUUACAUCCGGGCCCUAGGACCUGGACUGAUGCGGUUUCUGCAGAAGGUGGAGAAGCGGCGUCCUGGGUGUCCAGAAGAUCUGCAGGUGGUUCUGGAGGGCCUGAGAGCCAUGGAGGUUCUGGUGCAGGCGGCCCCAGAGUCCCAGCGUCCCCCGCUGGUUGCCAUUUUGUUUCCUCUACUCAUCUCCUUCCUGCUGGAUGAGAACGCGCUGUGUUCCGCUGACGCAGCGUCUCGCUCGCUACACCGGGCGGCGCUCAAGGACUUAAUGCGCCUCGGACCCCAGCACUCGGAUGUCUUCAGGUCUCUGGUCUCCACCUGUCCUAGCCUCAAGUGCCGCCUGGAAGCGGCCCUCAAGGGAACCCAGGAGUGUGUUCCCGAUGCUAAAGCUAACAGCAGCACCAAGUCGUCUCCCAGCAUCACCCUCAAAACCAACUUUCUGUAGGCACAUGAAUACAACAUGUUGUUAAUUAUUCAGAAAAACAAUAAUAUGUUAUCUAUUAAUUAUGUAUUGUACUAAUUGUGCAUGAUUGCAAGUGUAAAUAAAAACAGACAGUGGAAUUCCUGCAAUAAAUUAAUAAAGUAAA